GGGAAAUGCUUCCUUAAUUUUCGCCCUGACGUUGUUCUUCUUUAUGGGUAGCAUAACGCAGCUUGUGUCCUCUCUAGUGGUCGGGAUAGUCAUAGAAAGACUUUCCGACAGUGAUCGGGUAUUAUGCGCAUUUGUGAUUGCAUGGGACUCUAUGUCCUUCCAGUCGGCACGACUUAUCGGACUGGUUGUACUUGGACUUGACCUAGGUUCGCUGGGUGUGAAGCGGAUUGAGAGGAUCGCUUUCUGGGCCGUCGUAGGCGUAAUUGCAAUCCUAGUCAUACUUACAAAUGCGCUUGAACCUGGCGAUAUCAAGCAGAGUUAUCUGGUCACGCAGUCAAUGCAACAAGGCAACGGUCAAAAUCCUGUGCUGGAGGCCAUGGGAAUAUGCUAUCGACAACAUAAACUGGCACCUUCCUUGCCACUUUCAAUAAUAACAAUACUUCUUGAGGUCUAUGUCAUCUAUAGAUUUCUCGACAUAAUCGCACCGGCCCAUUUUCCGCUACGACGCCGACUCGACGCCUUAUUUCGAGAUUUUCGUAUCAUUAGAGGCUUUUCGUUGCUGCUUUUCGACUUAAUUACGAUGGUUCCUGCUAGUGUCAAGACGACUUAUGUGGGAGACUCUGUGCCCUUCAGCAUUGCAGCCUUGAUUGUAUUGAUUGCUUUCAAUGAUUAUCACCCGCCGCUUCGGGUAUACGGAGAUAUUGCGCCGCAAAUCGACAACAAGUUAUCACAGAGACCUGAAUCCCAGCAUCUAGUUCGCUACAGGUCACUGAUGCCUGCACCACAUCCAUUUUCAGCAGCGGCGCUCUCUAUGGUUGCUAGACAAGCGGAACGUCCCCGUAUAGGAGGAUAUUCUGGGCUCAUGACCACUUCAAGUUCGGACGCGACGCUGUUCGGUCGCCCGGUCAGUUUGAGCAGGACUGACGCUCUUUUAUAUGAGGUACCAAGGACGCCUCCUUUGCCUCCUAUACCUACGACAAGACCUACGAAGAAACCAGAGUCGAAGAGGCCUUCACGCUCUCCUUCUAAAUCUAGAUCACGAGCGGGAUCCCACAAGACGAGAACCUCAAGUCGUUCCCGUAAAUCGCAGAAGUCUCAGAGGUCGCAUCUUGUCCGUCCGAUUGUGCCGAAGGCGGAGCUCGCACGACAAUUCGAGGACAGUGAGCGUUCAGCCAGUUCGGAAAAUACAGGCGUCCUUUUCCCCCGGCCGCACCAGCGUAUGCCUAAUAGAACUACUUCUCUGCCCCUCCAAAUACCACCGCAAGCGGCAGUUCGUUCAAGGCGACCCAGCGCGACAGAAUCAAUGGUGCAGACACUUGCUUCGGAGAGCGUCCGUUACGGGUCCGACAUCCUUCGGCCGGAGUUAGGACAUGCCGCUCGGGAUAAGAUGAAGUCGUCAGCCAGCACACGAACACAGACCCCACGGACGUCGACGCCAAGAUCUCAUAGAACGCACCAUUCGGAGUCUGAUGGGUCAAUUCCUGAAUUUGUGAAGCGUCAAUCGGACGAUUCAUGGAUGUCUGACCGUACGAUCGAUACAUACAAGAUCUCGCGACUGGUUCCCCCUGUCCCAAUGAUGCCUACCUUCAACGGUGGCUGGCCAGUUCCUCCAUCAUCAAUUCCAGCUCCAAAGACUAACGUUAGUCAGUACACGCGUCUGGGUCUGCCUUCGGGCCCUCGUAGUUUAAAGCAAACCACGCCUCCUCCUCCUGCGAAAGUAUCGACUCCAUCGAAUCCUGUAGAUAACAUCCAAUUAUCCACCACAAGUAGAUCUACUAGUGUUGGAGUGAUUAAGCGGGUAAGUUCUGUACGCGGACCACGAAUGCAAUUCCCUCCGCCUCGUAGCAGGGCACAUCGGAUAUGA